CCACGAGCAGAUGCCGACUUUCGAGAAUCCUCGAUGUCCAGAGCACGAGUGGGACGCCAGUUGAACCCAAUGCGAGCAUCGGACAGAAAACAUGUUCGGCAACAGUGUGGUUCAUGCGCCACGUUGCAAGGGUGUGACGGGCCUUUGAUUUGGCCUUGACUGAGUAUAUGAACCGGCGGGCGUUCCUCGCGGGUUCUUGUCUUUUUCUACAACCGUUGCCAUCGACUAUUUGGGUUCUCCUGCGUCUCAAGCUUACCUUUUCUCACCCACACACUGCCCCGACACUCGCUCAAGAUGCGUGCUUCCAUGCUGGUUUUCGCGUUCGCCGCAAUCAUCUACCCUGCCCUUGCCUUUAUUUACCCAGAAGCUGUGCCUCUGCACCGUCGACAAGCCCCGGGAACUCCAGAGUAUGACUGUCACGCCGAUUGUGGAGCCGUGAUCGUUGAUGGCCGAACCCAAGGCUAUUGCAAUUCAACCAACUUCACGACUUCACUGAACGAUUGCCUUGACUGUGCACUCCAAUUCAACAUCUGGCAGUACUAUGGCAACAGCGUCGCGCAGGCGGCUCAGGGCUGCGGACUCGACGCGACACCGGUCCCCGCCAACGCGACCUCCGCGGCGAACGGCACCUCUUCUUCAACCACCACAGCUUCCGCCACGGAUUCUGCGAGUCCAUCUGAGACGGCCCAGGGAACAGCUGCCAGCUCGUCCGCUGGUUCGGGUGCAACGGCAGGGUCCUCAACCGCCGCAUCUGGUAGCUCCGGAGUAUGUCACAUCACACACCGAGAUCAGAGUUUCUGCUAACCCCGAGCGUUCGCCUCGUCAGAGUGCCACAGCUGCUUCGUCUGGUGCUGCAGCGUCAGCGACUUCUGGCAACGCAGGAAGUCGUGCAGUUCUGACCGGUGGGCUGGCCAUGAUUCCCCUCGCUGCAGCGAUCGCGGACUUUGUAUAAAUGUCACGGGAAAGGACCUGAAUUUGUGCCUCUGGUGGUAGAUUGGACAGUGAUGAGGGUUGGGAAAAAAAUUAGUCGCACCGGAAUGGUGGAGGCGGUCAUCAUGUAACAUAGGACACAAGGCAGGGCUGUUUGAUAUCGGAAGUGGUUGUCGGCCAAUGAAGCAUCAAGGUGAUAUCCAUGUCCAGGACGACGGCAUCUGCUACUGUGUGUACUCCGUAGCUCCUUGCGAGUUUCCUCACCUAGAACCCCUGGCCCGCCUGGUUUGUGAGAGGCAAUCUUUCCCACGCUAUCGUAGUCCUUGGUCGAUCGCGACAUGUGCUGAGAUGGGUGGGUAGGAAUGACGGGAACGAGAGUACGGGUCAGGGAGGGUCAUGGUCUUGCCUUUGGCGAUUAAGGCGGUGGCACCGAAUACAGCCCGAACAGCAACAUAACCCCAUCCGGGAACUAUACGUACUGUACAGAGAAAAGGUAGAUGGUACCAGAACUAGGGUGGUGGAUCAUAUAAUAAAUCACAUGUACAAGCAUAUGACCUUCAACGGGACCACACGUCGAGUGUUACGAUGAGACGGACGCGUUGGCCGCCCUUUUAUCGAUUCCAAAACAUGAUCCCCUUACUAUGGGAAGACUCAUCCAGGUGUGUACGACAAGUUCCCCUGUCCUCGCGGCGCUCUACGACUCUUUCCUGGAAUCAUUGCUCCCUAGCUCCUCCGUUGAUCUUUGGACGCUCAGCCCCGGACAUUGUCAGGGAAGGCACUAGGCGGUUUGUUCAACGUGUCGAACUGUCACUUGAUGCUUCGCGUGCAGCUCUUCCGCAGGGGCAUCGACCCGAUAGUUCAUCGUGGCACGCAGACCUCCCAGGAACCAAGAGGC